AGACAGAAGAAUAGACAGAGAUGCAUCGAAUCUGAUCAAUUAUUGCAAAUAUCAACUCUCGUGAGCACGCUUUGGAAUAGAUUCCGCUUCGUGUCUGUGCCAUAGCCGAAACUUUGCUCUCAGGGAUAUAUUGUGUGGUUGCUCAUGAUCUGAGACACUCGCCCAUUGAUUUUGGUUGUAAUUGCCUGCCCGCCUGGGGUGAGAUUUUAUUGAAGGAAGGGGCAGCGGUGUCGGAGACGACGAUGCUAUCAGCUUUAGUUUUUUUAGCUGUAGCAUCCACAAGUUUUACAGAAGUAACCACCCUUUUAGACCAUGCACCUGAGGAAGUGGAGUUCACUAAUGAGUUUGCAGUACAGGUCCAUGGUGGCCCAGAGGUGGUCAGGAAUAUUGCCCGAGACCUAGGCUAUGACAUGAUUGGAAAGAUUGGUGACUUGGAUGACUAUUACCUGCUACAACAUCACGAAAUCCCAAGUAGAUCCAUUAGAUCAGCUUUCCACGUCACAAAACGUCUAGCAGACGACGAUAGGGUCAAUUGGUUUGAGCAACAGCGUAGCAUUGUCCGCCAAAAGAGGGACUACGUAUCGGGGCCCGCCCAGAUGUUUAACGAUGAAUAUUGGCCUCAACAAUGGUAUCUGUUCGAUCAGCGUAAAACGACAGAUGUGCCAAAAACAGACUUGCAUGUUAUGCCAGUCUGGAAGAAGAAUGUCACAGGGGCCGGUGUAGUUGUUACAAUUAUAGAUGACGGUUUGGAGAAGAAUCAUAGUGACCUUUCUAGAAAUUAUGACCCCAAAGCAAGUUGGGACUACAAUGAUAACGAUGAAGACCCUUCUCCGCGCGCAACAACAACGAAUGAAAACGCCCACGGAACACGAUGUGCUGGCGAAGUUUCUAUGCAAGCAAACAACUUGAUUUGUGGAGUUGGAAUUGCUUUCAAUGCGAAAAUCGGAGGGAUUCGGAUGCUCGAUGGAAAAGUUACAGACGCACUAGAAGCCGCUGCCUUCAGCCACGCACUGGGUCAUAUUGAUAUAUUUAGCGCAAGUUGGGGGCCUAGUGACGAUGGGAAGACGGUAGAGGGCCCAGGUAAUCUAGCAUCAAAAGCAAUUCAGAAAGGUAUAAGAGUGGGUCGAGAUGGAAAGGGUGUUCUAUACGUUUGGGCUUCCGGUAACGGUGGUAGGAACAAUGACAAUUGUAAUUGUGACGGCUACGCUGAUAGCAUUUACACCAUAUCGAUAUCAAGCGCGUCAUCCGAUGGCCAAUUGACGUGGUACGGCGAACGCUGCCCGUCAACUCUUGCGUCAACGUUCAGUAGCGAUUUCACCAACUCACAACAGGUGAUAACGACUGACUUGGAUGAUACGUGCACGACCCAGCACAGCGGCACGUCGGCAUCGGCGCCCAUGGCAGCUGGUAUUCUUGCCUUAGCACUGGAAGUCAACCCCAAUCUUACUUGGCGCGACAUCCAACAUAUCAUCGUCUGGACUUCUGAAUACGCACCAUUAGAAUCAAACGACGGAUGGUUAACCAAUGGAAUAGGUUUGAAAGUAAACUCAAACUUUGGGUUUGGACUUCUCAACGCACACGCAAUUGUCGAGAUGGCUGACCCUUCAGUGUGGCAAUCUGUUCCUCCGAAAAGAAUAUGUGAAAGUGGGCCAGAUAAAAGCAAAUGGGAACAUAGGAUAUUUUCAAAGCUAAAUAAACUGUCAAUGGUUAUAAAUACGGACGGUUGUGCUGGGUCGGAAAGUGAAGUAACUGUAUUAGAACAUGUACAAGUCAUUCUUACACUUAACUACACACGAAGAGGAAAUCUUAAAAUUACUCUGACGUCACCAGAAGGUACUUCAACAAAUUUAUUGGAGCCUCGUGAGACGGAUGAAUCACGGGAAGGUUUUCGGAACUGGGCGUUUAUGUCAGUUCACACAUGGGGUGAAAAUCCAGCCGCAAAUGGUGGUCAAUGGGAACUCUCAAUUGAAGAUAAGGGUUCAAGUGAAGAUAAUUCAGGAGCACUUAUAUCAUGGCAGUUAGUUUUACACGGUAUGAAUCAACAGCCAGAAUUCCAAAAAGGAGGACGUCAAUAUACCAAUAAUUACAAUCAAGUCAAGAAUGAGAAGAGAUAUAAAUCACGAAGUCGUUUGAGAGAUUUUGAAUCGUCGACAGAUGAACAGAAUAUAUAUGACGCUAUAAACUGGGCUAGGGACUUCCUAUCCUACUCCGGGUACCGGGAUAAAAGUCGUUAUUAAACCUUGAACACAAAAUAAACACUUACAAAAACAUAUACAGUACAACCAAAAAUAACGAUGUAUUAAGAAUUACAGAGCAGAUAAUAAGGUAGCAACGAAACAACAAUUGUUGCAUCUUUUGUCAAAACUAAAAAUGAUAUACAGAUAUAUAAGAAGAUAUAAAUAAAUAUAUAUAUAUAUAUAUAUAUAUAUAUAUUCAUUUCAAUAUGUUCAUUAAUUCAUCAAAACAUAUUUGAUAAAAUUAACAUCGAAAAAAUGAACACAAAAAAAGUAUUAAAAUAAAAAAGAAGAUAUAGGCCUAAAUUUACAUAUCUCUUAGCAAAUAGACAGAUGUAUCUAACUUACUUAUAAUAUCAAAAUGUGAUGCUUCCUCACUAAUUAAAUUAAUCAACCCAAUAAACAGAAGUUUCUCUCUGUCAAAGCUAGUGUCAUGCCACUAGACCACAAGGGUCUGUUGGUAUGUCGAAAAAUUCAGCGAAGACAUAUUCUAACAACUGAUAAAGCCCUCAUGCAUUGGGCUUGGUGGAAGCUAAAGCGUACUCUAAUGGUCACAGCUGGUUUUAUGCUGACGGUGCAGCAAUGGUGCAGCAUAGACUUGAUAGUCAGUGAAUAAUAGUAGAAACUGUGCGCAAAUAAGUAAACAAUGAUGUAAAACAUCGUAUCAGGUAUAGUCUAUCAACGAAAAUGAUCCUCAUCAUUUUUUUAACAAUGUGUUUAUUUAUUUAUUUUUUUUUUUUUGUUCUUUUUUUAACCGAAGCACGGAAAUGCAGCUUUCAAUAGUGCACAGUCAAAUAAGAUAUUUAAAUUGUUAGUUUCAUGUGCAAUAUUGUCCGUGUGUACGUUCAAAACCCAGUACACUCUUCGAAAAAGUGCAGGGGUUUGUCUCCUGGUGUACUGUCAAAUUUACUAUUAAAAUGGCCCAACUGA